AAUAAUUAGAGAUGGCGAAUGCGUACCCGAGUUUCAUGGGCACGAUAACUUGCUGACAGGCGCUGGGCAAAACUUCAUGAAUCUUCUACCAAUGUCAAGUGUUUUUGCUGAGUCGGCGGCUAUUUUUAACACGCAAUUGCACCGUUGAUUAGGAUAGAAAAUGGAAAACAGUACACAAUUAUACGUGUUUUCUCUUUUUUUUCCCUCUCUUCGCGGCGGCCUCCUAUUCCAGACCAGCCUCGUGCAAGAAUCGUCCCGGAAUACGCAACGCAAUGCCCAUUCGGAUGCAGUAAAGUUGCCUGCUUUAGCCUCCCACGUAAACCGAUCCAAGCUAGAAGUGCCUGAACUACGCAAAACCACGACGACUACUGUACUGCCACAUAAGCCACAAACCGCACGGAAGCCGGAGGCAUUUGUGACCGAAAGUACCACUACUUCGACGAAGCGGCCGAAGGUGUUAGGGAAUUAUAAUCCGCCGAACGAAAAGGUUAUCGUUCAACGACGGAAAAACCUGCACAUCCAGGAAAUGCCUUCUAAGAGGGUGUUCUCGCCAACGCGCAAGGAAGUCCGUCUCGAAAUUCCACGCAGUCCGAAUGCCCUUCCGACGCUACAUAAGAAGAACAUUACACAAAGAGUGCGCGAGAAAGAUCCUUUAGUGCGGCGACACCGUAAGAUGCAUCACGUACAUCACCGCCCCCGUUGUCGCAGCAUUCCUGCAGCACACGAAGGCAAAGCGGGGAAGUUUGUGGGAGGCGGCCUCAUGUGGUUUCCUGCUGCGUCGUGCGUGACUUCGGGCCUGGAUUGGAACUCGGUGCACAGCACCGCCUGCCUACACCAGCAGAUCGCAUUCGUGCAUCGUUACAAGGUACUUGCACCUCCCCUUCAUCCUGUAAACGAGAACGACACGCCAGGAUUUUGCGGAUCCUACGUUCCGUGGAGCCACGUCACACCUCACCACGUUACCGAGUAA